GCGCUCCAGCACUGGCAGCGGGGGGAAGAAGCGUGCUUCUUUGGGGCUUAACGAAGGUGCAAGCAUGCGCUGCUCCACCCUCCUGUGUAUCCUGACGGGGGUGCUGCUCUACCUAGUGCUGGGGGCCGUGGUGUUCCAGGCCCUGGAGGCUCCCCAUGAGGAGGGCCAGCACAUACAGCUGCAGGACACACGCAGAGCCUUCCUGGAGAACUACACCUGUGUCAGCCCAGACAUCCUGCAGGCCCUCAUAGAGGAGGUGGCAGAUGCUGUGGGUGCGGGUGUGGAUCCUAGCAGCAAUUCCUCCACCUUCACCAGCCAAUGGGACCUGGCCAGCGCCUUUUUCUUCUCUGGGACCAUCGUCACCACCAUUGGUUUUGGGAACAUCUCCCCAAAGACAGAUGGGGGGCAGCUGUUCUGUAUCUUUUAUGCCCUGGUGGGGAUCCCUCUGUUUGGUAUCCUGCUGGCUGGAGUUGGAGACCAUCUGGGGACCGGGCUGAGGAAGGCCAUCCUCAAAAUUGAAUUUCUCUUAGCGAAAUGGAAGGUGAGUCCUACUAUUGUUCGAGUCAUCUCAGCCAUACUCUCCAUCCUGUUGGGGGUAGCACUCUUCGUUGCAGUGCCAACGCUGGUGUUUCAGGAGGUGGAGAAGUGGACUCUCCUGGAGGCGUCCUACUUUGUUGUCAUCACCCUGACUACAGUGGGUUUUGGAGACUAUGUUGCAGGUGAUAGUGGAGAUGGUGGUAAAGACCACUGGUACAAGCCCCUGGUGUGGUUCUGGAUCCUGCUGGGCCUGGCCUACUUUGCUUCCAUCCUGUCCAUGGUUGCAAACUGGCUUCGGGUCCUGUCCAAGAAGACCAGGGCUGAGAUGGAGGAGCUCAGAGCCCGUACCACUGACUGGGGUCAGAACAUUCAGAACAUGUCCGUGGACUUCCGCAUGCCAGACGACCCCUUCAAACGACGACGACGAAAGCGUCGACAUGGCCCUCGCAGCCGAGGCAAUGGGGCAGGCCAUGUGUCUGGGACUGGGGCCCCUGGGAAGGGGGGCAGAGUGAUGGAGAAUGGCCAGCUGAACAGCCAAUCAGAGACUGGAUCGUCCUCAUACUCUUACUCAUCCAACGAGUCAGAGUCUGGAUCUGCGACAGGGUCAGAGGUCUCGCAGCAUGAGCGGGUAGUAGAGGAAAAAGAGAAGGAUGUCGAUAAGGAGAAUGCCUUCCCAGAAUCCCUGUAUUCCCAGCCUCUGGACUACUUUGGAGAGAACCUGGCAUACAUUGAUGAGUCCUCAGAUGCAGUUAGUGGAAAAUUACAUUUGGAUCCCCUGUUGGAUCCAACACAGCCCGUCUCUACACGCUCACGAAAGCCCAAGAGGAGACGGCCCAGAAGGCCACCCCCAGAGAAGAGCCCUAAAAUUAGCCCUACCAAGCCUGAGAAGAAAGAGCCCAAUGGAGACAUAAAACCCCCUGAAAAUCCACCGCCACCAAAGGAUAGAUGAACCAAAUGCUCAAAGGGGUGAAGGGAAGAAGAAGUUGUGGGAAGAACUGAACCUGAUUGAUUAUGUUUUAUUCACUACACUGUUCAUGUUUCAUAAACAUAGUUUGAGUGUGUGUAUGCAAAUAGGGAGUGAGCCUUGAUGUAAUAGCAGAUUGACUUAUUCAAAUAGGGAGUGAGCCUUGAUGUAAUAGCAGAUUGACUUAUUCAAAUAGGGAGUGAGCCUUGAUGUAAUAGCAGAUUGACUUAUUCAAAUAAUCCUAACAAAACUUAACCAUGUCACUUCUUUAACCUGAUGUGGCCUUCGUAGCAUUUUAAUAAGGAACACAAUCUUAUGUGCCCCAUUUAUCCAUGUUUGCUUAUGGAGUGAGCGCUCCCUACUGGGCAAUCAUGAAACUGCAAAGCCCUGUUUUCUCUGGAUAUAAUAAGUAGUGAAGCACACGAACAUGCAUUGUAUUUUUGUUUAUACUCUGAAUCAAUUUAUAUUUUUUGCUGUUAGGGGAAAAAAGCCUUAUGACAAUAACUCUCCCAUAAUGAAUUUGUCCCUGAAUGUCUAGAGCCCAAACUUUAGAGAACAAAGCUUUGGUGUAUAUAAUAGGAAAGUUCUAAUUCAAGGCACAAGUAAAUCCAGUCUCUGCCAAUAACCAUAUCUGGUCUUGCAUGACCUUAGCCUAAGUAUUACACUUGUGACGUUAUUACUGUGUGCACUGUGUACAGCAUAUACCAUUGUAUAUAUUUUUGAGUAUUAUUUAAAUGUAUUACACACAACUGUCCUGUAAAAUA